AUGGAAGAAGAUAGCUCACAACGCACAUCCACAACGAAUGACGAUAUUAUUAAAUAUGUGCCAUAUUCUUCGGAACUUCAACUUCCCGGCAUCAUGUCUCUAAUAGAAAAUGAUUUAUCCGAACCUUACUCAAUAUACACAUAUCGUUACUUCAUUAAUAAUUGGCCAGAUUUAUGUUUUAUGGCCAUGGAUGAGGAUCAAUGUAUUGGAGUCAUAAUAUGCAAACUUGAUAGACAUCGAGAUGCACUGCGCGGGUAUAUUGCGAUGUUGGCGACUUACUCGUCGUUGAAUGGAGGACUAAUGGGUUUUACCAAAUUUCUUAUCACAGGAACCACGCUGGUAAGGAUGGCUAUUAAUUCCAUGAAAAGACAGAAUGCGGACGAGGUUGUCCUUGAAACAGAAUACACAAAUAUAGGAGCACUUUCGUUAUACCAUAACUUAGGAUUUAUCCGAGAUAAGCGUCUUUAUCGAUAUUAUCUUAAUGGGGUUGAUGCGUUUCGAUUAAAAUUAUUUUGCAAAGGUGAACCUGAGGCUGAAAGAGAGGGGGUUAGCGGAUAA